UCGUUUCAAAAAGAUGGCAGUCGACACCAGUCCAACGUCGAGUACUGGCUUAAAUCGGAGCUAUAGAAAAUUAAUUAAGAUAUUAAUAUGUUAUCAUAAUAGAAUUUUUUAUCAGCUUGAAGGUAUUAAAUACUUGUAGGUAGUUUAGAGACAGACCAGUGAUUGAUGAUCAGUGAACGAGAGUAAACAUACAAGAGUAAAUUUGUAGUAGUUUGAGUUUUUAACAUGGACAUGGAUCCUUUGGACUUAGCUUCAGAUGGUGUUACGGAAACUAGUCAGCAUAACCCUCAACAUUCGGAAGAUCAUGUCCGUGUAGUGGUUCUUUCAACAGUUAUACCAGUGUGUGUACUUAUUCUGAUGAUGAUAGUCCUCCGUAAAAUCAUAAUUCGCAGAAGAACCAGAUGUAGGAAUGGGCAUAAGAGUACCAUUUACACGAUACCUGAACCUGUCUUUCAACCCAGAGGAAAUGAUCUCAAAUCAAUGCCAGAUAUCGAACGAGUAGUUAAUAAAAAAAAUCGAUCUUUUCCAAAAUCGAUAUUAAAAGAAAAUUCUAAGCAACAUGGACGCCGUAAGAACGAUAAGACUAAAGAAUUCAAAUUGGGGAAGGGAAGAUAUUGGACUGAACCAGUUAUAUUCCCAAGGGAACCAGUGUACCAAGCACAACAGAAACCCUCGUACUUAGUACCCUUCACAGCUCUUCCAAAAAAUUUUGACUUUUCACUACCAAACGUGGAAGUACAUAGUGAUUUUGUUAUCAUCAAAGAUUUGGACAUAUUACAAACCUAUUGGUAUGAAACUGAAAACAACAAAGAGGAGUACAAAAAGCAGCCCCAAUUGAACCCAAACUUCACGUAAAUUUUCACAUCAUACAAUAAAUUAACAAGUGAGCUCGAAAGGCUAAGCCAAAAUAAGAAAUAUUUGAUCUUAUCGAAAUUCUUGACUGGUAAUUUGUUGAAAAAACAUAUUACAACAAUACAUCCAAAAUUGAAAGCUGUUAGUUUUCCACGAAAAGAAAAUUAUAACUGGUUUUCGAAUAUUGGAAAAACUUCUACAGUGAAAAGAAAAAUGAGGAUAAUAUAUGACGGAAUUGUGGAGAACUUGCCAAGACCGAGUAGUCCAGAAAGCCACUGCGCAUCCGCUAGGAAAAAUAUUCUAAUUCGGAUUUUUCGCACAAUCUUACUCAAAAAGGACUCCUUUUAACAAAUUUGCAUGUUGCCAUGACCAAAAGGUGGUCAAAAAUUUUUUAAACGUUUUUUUUGCUUUUUUUUCUAAAAUUAUUUUUUUUGCAUGGAAAAAAGUUUUUUUAGGUUUUUUGAAUCAUUCCAAACAGAAAAGGUCUUUAGUGACUUUCCUCUAAGAAUGAUAGUUUUUGACAUAUAAGCGAUUAAAAAUUGAAAAAUUGCGAAAUCGGCCAUUUUUAACCCUCAAAAACUAUGUGAAAAACUGAAAAUUUGAAUGUUGCCAAGAUAGGUAGAUAUUCUUUAAACAUCGAUUGAUGAAAUCCCGAGGUGUUUUUUGCAAUACAAUAUUCAAAACUCCUUUGUUUUUUAAUUGCUAAUCAAGCGUGCGCGACACUAUUUUCCACCGACGACAGUAUGGUGCAAAUGAAAGGAAUAAAUUCGUUAUUUCGUAAACCGGCGCCUUUAAGGAAAAAUCCCGAAACAGGUCGAUUUUUAUUUUUAAGUUAUGAUAAAUUGUGGCAUAUAUGGUAUACUAGUGACGUCAUCCAUCUGGACGUGAUGACGUAAUCGAUGAUUUUCUAAAUAAGAAUGGGGGUCGUGUGCUAGCUCAUUUGAAAGGUUAUUCAGUUCUUUAUUCAGUAAUAUAAACAUUUACAUAAUUAUUUAUACAUUGUGUCCAAAAAAUUUAUAUUAAAUUAAAUAAUUUGACAAAAAAAGAAGUAGAAGGACACGCUGUAUAAAUAAUUAUGUAAAUGUUUACAUUACUGAAUAGAGAAUUGAAGAACCUUUUAAAUGAGCUAGCACACGAUCCCUAUUCUCAUUAAAAAAAUCAUCGAUUACGUCAUCACGCCCAGACGGAUGACGUCACUAGUAUACCAUAUAUGCCACAAUAUCAUAACUAAAAAAUAAAAAUCGACCUGUUUCGGGAUUUUUCCUUAAAGCCGCGGGUUUACGAAAUAACGAAUUUAUUCCUUUCAUUUGCACCAUAAUGUCGGUGGAAAAUAGUGUCGCGCACGCUUCAUUAGCAAUUAAAAAACAAAGAAGUUUUGAAUAUUGUAUUGCAAAUUCGGGAUUUCAUCAAUCGAUGUUUAAAAAAUAUCUACCUACCUUGUCAACAUUCAAAUUUUCAGUUUUUCACCUAGUUUUUGAGGGUGAAAAAUGGCCGAUUUCGCAAUUUUUCAAUUUUUAAUCGCUUAUAUGUCAAAAACUAUCAUUUUUAGAGAAAAGCCACUAAAAACCUUUUCUGUUUGGAAUGAUCCAAAAAACCUAAAAAAAACUUUUUUCCAUGCAAAAAAAAAUAAUUUUAGGAAAAAAACAAAAAAAACGUUUAAAAAAUUUUUGACCACCUUUUGGUCCUGGCAACAUGCAAAUUUGUUAAAAGGAGUCCUUUUUGAGUAAGAUUGUGCGAAAAAUCCGAAUUAGAAUAUUUUUCCUAGCGGAUGCGCAGUGGCUUUCUGGACUAGAGGAAAUAGUAUCAUAAGAUAACUGACUGUCAUCUCUGAAUAGUAUUGACUGAAGAAAGAAACUGAAAAUGCAACACAUAAUACAGCUCUCAGAGUAUAGCUACUAUGACUUAUAUAUCAUUUUUCUGAGAAAUACAGAAAAAGAAAUAUAUAAAGAAAGGUUCACGAACAUAAGUAAAUAAUAUAUCUACUUAUAUUAAGUUCCAUGAGCUCUGUAUAUAAAGGUAAAAACGACGACAUUAACCUUCAUAAUGAAAAUCCAGAUUACGGAUGAAAUAUGGACAAAAAGAAUUUUCCUGUAUAUAAUAGGCUACAUUUGCCUAAACUGAUGUAAAUAAAUAAACAAAAAUGAUAAUUUUUCGAUAAACAUGUAAAAUAUAACGGAUAUCGUUAAAUCGUUCCGCAAAACUGGAUAUGUGCUAAUUCCGUUGAUAAGGCUUAAAUAUAUUUUUACGUUAUUUAUACUCUCAUAAAAACUGUGAUAACUACUAAGUGUUUUGCAUAUUGUUAUUAGCAAUACUGAUACAAAAACUUUAUAAAUAGUACACAUGUGUUGUCUUAAUGGUAUAUAUAUGUAUAUUAAGCUUUUUUACGAAAAUAAAUACAUUCGAAUCUAUUUAAAUUA